AUGUCCGUGAUCGCGCACGUCGAUCACGGCAAGUCGACCCUCACCGACUCGCUCGUCGCCGCGGCGGGCAUCAUCGCGGCGUCGGCGGCUGGCGACACGCGCCUGACCGACACGCGUCAGGACGAGCAGGACCACUCGCCGGGCCACGUUGACUUCUCGUCCGAGGUCACCGCCGCGCUCCGCGUCACCGACGGCGCGCUCGUCGUCGUCGAUUGCGUCGAGGGCGUCUGCGUGCAGACCGAGACGGUGCUGCGCCAGGCCCUCGGCGAGCGCAUCAAGCCGGUCUUGACCAUCAACAAGCUGGACCGCGCGUUCCUCGAGCUGCAGCUGUCGUCGGAGGAGAUGUACCUGGAAUUCAGACAACACAUCGCUAACAUCAACGUCCUCGUCGCCACGUACAACGACGAAGAGCUUGGCGACUGCCAGGUCGACCCGACCAAGGGCACCGUCGCCUUCUCGGCCGGCCUGCACGGCUGGGCCUUCACGCUCACCAAGUUCGCGCGCAUGUACGCCAAGAAGUUCGGCGUCGACGUGGACAAGAUGAUGACCCGCCUCUGGGGCGACAAGUACUUCAACCCCAAGGAGAAGAAGUGGAUCAAUACGGCGGGCGGCGACGCGCCCAAGGGCCUCGAGCGCGCCUUCUGCAUGUUCUGCAUGACGCCCAUCUCCAAGGUCUUCACCAACUGCAUGGACGAGAAGUACGACGCCGUCACCAAGAUGCUCUGCGCCGUCGGCGUCACGCUGACCAAGGACGACCUGGAGCUGCGCCAGAAGCCGCUCCUCAAGCGCUGCAUGCAGAAGUGGCUGCCGGCGCACGACGCGCUGCUCGAGAUGAUAGUGCAGCACCUGCCGUCGCCCGUCACGGCGCAGAAGUACCGCGCCGAGGCGCUCUACACGGGCCCGUCGGACGACAUCUGGUGCAAAGGCAUCCGCGAGUGCGCCGCCGACGGCCCCCUCGUCAUGUACAUCUCCAAGAUGAUCCCGACGCCCGACAAGGGCCGCUUCUUCGGCGCGCGCCCCUCUAGGGAGGAGCCGCGCCCCUCUAGGGACGAGCCACGCGCGCCCUCACCGCCCCUCGCCCCGCCCGCAGCCUUCGGCCGCGUCUUCUCGGGCACCGUGCGCACGGGUGCCAAGGUCAAGAUCAUGGGCCCCAACUACGUGCAGGGCAAGAAGGAGGACCUCUUCAUCAAGAACGUGCAGCGCACCAUCCUCAUGAUGGGCCGCAAGACCGAGGCCGUCGAAUCCGUCACCGCGGGCAACACGUGCGCGCUCGUGGGCAUCGACCAGUACAUUGUCAAGUCGGGCACCAUCGCCGCCGCGGACGCGACCGAGUCGCACCCGAUCGUGACGAUGAAGUACUCCGUCUCGCCGGUCGUGCGCGUCGCCGUGGCGCCGAAGAACCCCAACGACCUGCCCAAGCUGGUCGAGGGCCUCAAGCGGCUCGCAAAGUCGGACCCGCUCGUCGUUUGCUCCAUGGAGGAGUCGGGCGAGCACAUCAUCGCGGGCUGCGGCGAGCUGCACAUCGAGAUCUGCCUCAAGGACCUGCAGGAGGACUUCAUGAACGGCGCGCCCAUCAGCAUCUCCGACCCCGUCGUCUCGUACCGCGAGACCGUCACCGACGAGUCGUCGCGCACCGUCCUCUCCAAGUCGCCCAACAAGCACAACCGCCUCUACUGCUAUGCGCAGCCGCUCGGCUACGCAGACGACGAUUACCAGACGCCGCUCGCGGACUCCAUCGAGGAGGGCGAGGUCUCGGCGGGCAUGGACCGCAAGGCGCGCACGCGCGUGCUCUGCGACAAGUUCGGCUGGGACAGGCAGACGGCGCAGAAGAUCUGGUGCUUUGGCCCCGACGGCACCGGCCCUAACCUCGUGGUGGACAUUAAGGACUCUGUGGGGGCGGGCUCCCAGUGGACGUGCCGCGGCGUGCGCCUCAACAUACACGAGGUCGUGCUGCACGCGGACGCCAUCCACCGCGGUGGGGGACAGAUCAUCCCCACCGCGCGCGGCGAGCCGGUCUUCAUGGUGGAGAUCCAGUGCCCCGAGAACGCCAUGGGCGGCGUCUACUCGUCGCUCAACCGCAAGCGCGGCACCGUCGUCGAGGAGACCAAACGCCCGGGCACGCCGCUGUACAACGUCAAGGCGUACCUGCCCGUCGCCGAGUCGUUCGGCUUCACCGGCUUCCUGCGCCAGGAAACCGCGGGCCAGGCCUUCCCGCAGAUGGUCUUCCACCACUGGGAGACGAUGAACGGCGACCCGUUCCCGGGCGGCGACGAGAAAGUCGGGGAGAUCGUCCUCGCUGCGCGCAAGCGCAAGGGCCUCAAGGAGUACAUCCCGCCGCUCUCGGAGUUCGAGGACAAGCUGUAA